AUGGCUGGAGCAAGUACAUCAGGGACGACUCAUUUAAAACUGCACAUAGCAAAAAGUUGUCCAAGUGCUCCGAAGGAAGCAAGUCCUUCGAGGGAAGGAACAGAUAUUAGGAAGCAAGUUCUUGUCAAACAACACAAUAAGGCAAGAAGUAAAGGGAUCUCAAGCCCUAGUGUUUUAAAUGAAGAGGAUCAGAAGGCUUCGAGGAGGGACCUUGCGCGAAUGGUCAUUUUGCAUGAGUACCCUCUUGCAAUUGUUGAUCAUGUUGGGUUUCGGGAUUUUGUUGGUGGUCUUCGGUUUAUUCGUAUGCCAUCUCCACAUGAUAAGUAUUUUCUUUCUAAAAUCCUUUUGGAGUGUAUUUCUGAUAGGAACAUUGAUUUGAAGUUAUUUGCCAUAACUGUAGAUAAUGCUAGCAAUGAUGAUGCACAUAUUCUGAAUUUGGUUGUUCAAGAGGGUUUGAAUGUAAUUGGUGAUGGUAUUGAAAAGUAUCAGUUUGCUCCAACUAAUAGGGAUUGGGAGGUAGCACAAAUUGUUUGUGAGAAGUUGGGUUACUUUCAUAAAGUUACUGAGUUGCUUUCUGGUACUGCCUACCCUACAGCUAAUCAUUAUUUUCCUUCAGUCUUUCGGUUGAAGUUGGAAUUAAAUCAAUGGCUUUCAAGUGAAGAUGAGUUGGUUAAGAAAAUAGCAGCAAAGAUGUUAGCUAAGUUUGAUAAAUAUUGGAGUGACGUUCAUGAUAUCAUGAGUUUGGCUAUUGUUUUAGAUCCAAGAUAUAAAUUGAUGUUAUUGACCUUUUAUUUUAAUAAAAUGUAUGGCAGUAAGGCUAACGAAGAAAUUGACAAGGUUAAGAAUCUUCUUUUUGAGUUGUUUGCGGAGUAUGACUUAGAAAACAUUGAUAGAGGAGUCAUUUAUUCUCAAACUUCAUCUUCUACAUCUACAUCAAGUGCUACACAUGAACAUGAUGAUACAAUGAGGGACUAUGAUUUGUUUGUUAGUAAUGCGACUACUAACAUAGGCCAAAUGAGUAGGGAUAUUAUAUCGGAGUUUGAACUUUAUACUAGUGAGAAAGUGGCACCUAGAACUGAACAAUUUGAUGUUUUGGGUUGGUGGAAGUGUAAUGCUAGUAAGUAUCCUACCUUGCAGCACAUUGCAAGGGAUAUUUUGGCUAUUCCUAUGACAACAAUUGCCUCAAAGUCGGCUUUUAGCACUUGUGGGAGAUUGUUGAGUCCACAUCGUAGCCAUCUUCAUCAUGAUACCUUAGAAGCAUUGAUGUGUGGGCAGAAUUGGUUAUGA